CUCUUUAGUCGGACCAACUACAAGGCACAAAGCGCUAAGCAGAAGCUCGGAGAGAGAUGGCCCAACAACAGUAUCAGAUCGACCUAGGAAACCUCAUGGCUUUCGACCCUCAUCACCAAUUCCCAUCUAUUCCCUCUUCCAGGGAGGAGCUGGCAAAAGAAUGCCUACAACAGGGCACCAAGUUAGUUCAAGCAGUCGCUGAUGCUCUUUUCAGUUUGCCUUCAACUGAAAAUCCAGAUGGCCCUCUUGUCCAGCUGCCUCCACCAACAACAAAAUUGCCUAGAGAGAAACCCUUGCCAAAACCUAGUCCUCCAACCAAAUGGGAAUUGUUUGCCAAAAAGAAAGGUAUCCAAAAGCGCAAAAAAGACAAGAUUGUGUACGAUGAACAAACUGGUUCUUGGAAGCGCCGACAUGGCUAUGAUCGAGUAAAUGAUGAUAAAGACGUACCAAUCAUUGAGGCGAAGAUGACCGAUGAGCCAGGAGGGGAUCCUUUUGCUAAGCGACAAGCAGAAAAGAAGCAGCGAGUUGAAAAGCACGAGAAGCAUCGAUUGCAUAAUUUGAAGCAGGCUGCAAAAGUUGGUGCCCUGCCAAGCCAUGUUCAACUUGCUGCCACAUCCUUACCCAUAACUGGCACUCAAGCCGCACCUAGGAAAGUUAGUAAGGACGAAUUGCAAAACGUUGCUGGAAUGGCAGCAACAGCAACAGCUAGUGGUGGGAAAUUUGACAAGAAGUUGCCUGGAGAAAAGCCUCCAAAACAUGAGAAGAAGUAUCGCAAGUUCCUCCCAGUCGUGGAAGGAUCAGGAAUGGGCUCGUUAGAAAAGCAGCAAACUGAGAAAGUUCUGAACAAGUUAAUCUCCAAGAAUUCGCAUGAGAUACUCAAUGUGGAAAAGGCUGUGAACAUGUAUAAUGUGAAAAAGGAUAAGAAACGAAAGAGCCAACAAGGGAGGCCUUCAUCAACUGCAAGCAAGUUAAAGCCGAACAAGAAGCCUAAUAAAAAAUCGUUCAAGAAGGGAUCUUCAAAUAAAGGAAAUCCAUCUUCUUCAAAUAAAGGAAAAUCGAGAUGAAACUCGUGGCUAUGUUUGGUCAUGCAGUUCUGUUAGGAAGUAAACGUUUGUUAACCAGGAAGGACAAAAUGCAUUUUUUUCCGGCAAGUUUUGUUAUAUUAUUGUUAGUCAAUUUUGGCCAAAACUUAUAUUGUCUGCUUUGUUGUAAGAUUAAUUUGCUGUCUCCCCAAAUCUUGCUUUGGUUCAAACAACGUGAAUUGAGGACGAAAAUGAG